CCCCGCGCGCGCGAUUCCACGAGAGGGAUCCCGCGAGCCGCGCGCGCGACUCGAGAAGCGGAUGCGAAAAGGGGAGAAGGCGAUCGGACGGAUCUCUCGAGGACAAGAGAGAGAAGGAGCAAGGAGUGAGAGUGAGAGAGCCAGCGGCCUUCUCCACGCGACCAGCGGGCCUCCUGCCCGCGACAGCAUGUCCGAGCGCAUCGCGUGGGCCCCGCUGCUCCCGGAGGACGAUGCGUCGCGACAUGGACCUCGCGAGCGACGAAGGAGAUAGGAUACUUUUUUGACUUUAGAAAGUUUCGUGCAAUAGAUGGAAACGAUACAGCCGCAACCUAUUGCAAUAAUUAUGCUGAAAUACUCAAGUGGCACGAGAAUAUUUACAAUACGUUGAAGACCUUGGAGUUUUGUCAGAACAAGGGGAAAUUAAGUUACUGCCUGCCAACAAUAGCACACCCACGCUUGUCACCUGUUCAGUGAAUGUUGUGAUAAUAAUUUAAUGGCUGUCGGAGAGAUUCCAAUGGACAGUCUGUGUGUUAAACGCAUGAUAUUCAAAUAAAACAGGCCAUUCUACGACUCUAAAAAUACUCUAACUCCUGAUGAACAAAUCUGGAACAAGGACCUAUGGAAUUGACUGACCUAUAUAUCUAUAUAAAAAAGAGGAAUAAAAUAACUCUAAUGAUUCUAUUUUAUUACAAUAAUAAUUAUUAAUCAAUGGUUGGAAUACUCCAAGAUAUAUCAAGAGAGAUCUAGAGAUAAUUUGAAAGAGCUUUAUAAUUUCUUAUGGAUAUAUUUUGUGACCAGAAGAGAGAUAUCUGCAGAUUUUUAUUUCAUAUCACGCAAAUUUAGUUUUAAAACUUUGAGUGAUACAAUUAAAGUUGAUUAAUUUUUGGAAUCUAGCCGAUUGGCAAGUGUAUUUGGCAAGAGUAGACAAUCGAAAUUGCGUCAAAAAUAUAGCAGAAUAUAAAUAACGCGUGUAAAUAAUUAUAAACAUUGACGUUGUGCCGUUGUAAGUUUGUAAAACAAAAUGUAUAAUAAUUAUUUUAAAUGCUUAAAUCAGUGGUUGUAUAUAACGAGUAAACAAGAAGAAGGGGAAACAACAUAUAUGAAAUAUUGUAUAGAUGAUAGAGGACGUACUUGCUAACCCUCUUCAAUACAAGGGUUAAAAAAAUGGACAACAGUGGGUCUGGAGUAGUGCAAGUAUUUGUGGGUGAAUGGAGCCCUGAAUAUGAGGCGCUUUCCAUUAAAGCUACGAAACAAACCUCGUCAGCCGAGAUAGUGGAAUGUAUUAUUGAAAGACUCGGAUUGGUUGAUGCUUCUGUUUCGAAUGGCUAUGAAUUAGCAGAAGUAGUAGGGAAUUCUGUUGGGCAAGAAUGUAAGGAAAGGAGACUUGGCCCUACCGAGUGCCCCGUAGCACUCAUGUUAUUGUGGCCAAAAAAUGAUGCUCAGCAAGAAUAUUACAGAUUUUACUUACGGAAAAAACAACCAGAUUAUUUAUGGUCUGACAGUAGAUUCCCUAUGGAUCCUCAACUUUUAAAGGACUAUUUUAAUAGAUUCCUUUAUCAACCACGUGACAAGGAAUACCCAGACCUAUGUCAGCUUCCAGAUCUGAAUGAGCAAACACUGUUGGAUAAUCUGAGAGCAAGGUUUUUAGCUGGCAAUAUAUAUACCUACGUCGGCAGCAUAUUGAUCGCCUUGAAUCCGUUCAAAUUUUAUCCCAUCUAUAAUCCGAAAUAUGUAAAAUUAUAUCAAAACAGAAGAUUGGGUCCGGAUAUACCUCCUCAUAUAUUUGCCAUAGCCGAUGCAGCUUAUCAUUGUAUGCUUAAGGAAAAGAAGAAUCAAUGUAUCGUCAUUAGUGGUGAAAGUGGUUCUGGUAAAACAGAAUCCACGAAUUUCUUGUUGCAUCAUUUGACAGCACUCAGUCAAAAAGGUUCACAUGGCAGUGGAGUGGAACAAACGAUACUCAGUGCCGGACCUGUUUUAGAAGCAUUUGGUAAUGCAAAAACGGCACAUAAUAACAACAGUAGUCGCUUUGGCAAAUUUAUUCAAGUAAAUUAUAAAGAAAAUGGAAUGGUCCAUGGUGCUGUGGUUCAAAAAUACCUCUUGGAGAAAUCAAGGAUUGUUUCUCAAGGACGAAAUGAAAGGAAUUAUCAUGUGUUUUAUUACCUGUUGGCUGGCGCAAACGAGCAAGAAAAACAGCUAUUGCACUUAGAAAGCUGUGAUCGAUACAAUUACUUAAACAAAAGCGGUUGCUACGGACUGGAAAAUAUCGACGAGCGGCAUGAAUUCUCAAGAUUAAAACAGUCUAUGGAAAUGGUGGGCUUUACGGCAGAGAAGCAAAGACGACUCUUCGCAGUUCUGUCGGCAGUCCUUUUGCUAGGUAAUGUUGAGUUUCAUCCAAGAAAAUCAUAUCACCAUCACGAUGAAGCCGUAGGUGUUAAAAAUCCAGAAGUAGUUGCACUGAUAUCAGAGCUUCUACGAGUAAAACAAGAAACUCUGUUGGCAGCACUCACUGCUAAACGUGCAAGAGCCUCUGGGGAAACUUUAGUUAUUAACUAUAGACUUCCUGAAGCGAUUGCAGCACGUGAUGCCAUGGCAAAAUGUCUGUAUGGAGCUUUAUUUGAUUGGAUUGUGUUACAGGUGAAUCAUGCAUUGCUUUCUAAAAAGGAUACUCUUAGAGAUCAUCAAGGCAAUAGUAUAGGCGUAUUAGAUAUAUUUGGCUUUGAAGAUUUCAAAACGUGCAACAGUUUUGAGCAAUUGUGUAUUAAUUAUGCGAAUGAACAACUGCAACAUUACUUUAAUCAACAUGUUUUUCAAUAUGAACAACGAGAAUAUAGAAAGCAAGGAAUUAGAUGGACAGACAUAGGAUAUAGUGAUAACUCCGGAUGUCUCAAUCUCAUUGAAGGGAAACCAAACGGUCUCUUGUGUCUUCUCGACGAUCAGUGCAACUUUCCUGGUGCAACGAACGAAACGUUGUUACAGAAAUUCAAUACUGUGCAUAAAGACAAUCCACUCUACGAAGCACCGCAGCGCCGAGAAGCAGCAUUUGUUGUUCGUCAUUAUGCUGGAGCAGUCAAAUACCAAGCUGCAAAUAUGAGAGAAAAGAAUCUAGAUUUGAUGCGACCCGAUGGCGUAGUCGGAGUAUUGAAAAACUCCUCUCUUGCUUUUGUGCGAGAAUUAGUCGGCGCUGAUCCAGUUGCCGUAUUUAGAUGGGCUAUAUUGCGGGCCUUCUUUCGCGCUCACUUUGCAUUUCAAGAAGCCGGUCGAGCACAUAGACAUGGUAGAGUCGAUGGAAACAAGACGUCUGUACAAAACAGAUACAGGACACCCAACGAAAAUUUAAUAAGUUCACACAAACAUACUCGCCCACCAAGUUAUCAGAAGCAACGCAGUGUAUGUUUACCAUCGGCUACUGCUCCUUCUGCCACAUUAUCUUCAUUACAAACUGAAAACAACGACAAUAUAAACAACAAUCGUCUAUCGUGGCCACAGUUCAGAAACAUUAAUCAGACGCAACACCCGUCAAACGUUACAUCGACGAAGGGUGGUUACAUAUUACGGGGCAGGGAAGACCAGUCCCAUAGUAAUAAUAAAUUCAGACGAGAUACUCACACUCCGCUAGAGAGGGUGCUUCCAAAAGAUGAAGCAAAUGUCAUGGAACGCGCUAAUCAAAUUGUCAUGAAAAAUAAAUCGUUUCGACCGAGGGAACGUGGCAAGAAGGGCCUGAAAAAUCUGCAAACUGUAAAGACACUCGCUGGACGAACUCAAAGUUAUGGUACCGGGCCGGGAAAAGCCAGAAAACAGCCUAUGACUGUUUCAGCGCAAUUUCAGCAAAGCUUGCACAGUUUGAUGGAUACUCUGAAUCAAGCGAAUCCCUUCUUCAUCAGAUGUAUUAAGAGCAACGCUAACAAAGUACCGAAUGAGUUUGAUGAGGAAACAGUACAACGGCAGCUGCGCUAUACGGGAAUGUUGGAAACAGUCAGGAUAAGACAGGCUGGUUUCAAUGUGCGGCUAACGUAUGAGGAAUUUAUACAACUCUAUCGAAUGCUGCUUCCUAAGGGUCUUCUGAGUUCACAAUCGGAUGUUAGAGAUUUUCUUUUAACUCUUAAUCUCAAUAGAGAUAAUUAUCAGUUGGGUACGACUAAGGUGUUCCUCAGAGAAUCCGAAAAAAUUAAACUGGACAUAGAACUUCAUCAACAAAUCAUAACGAGUAUUACCACUAUACAGAAAUGGUUUCGUGCUUGUCUGGAAAGGAGAAAAUUCCUGAGAUUAAAGAAUGCCAUUGUGCAAAUACAAUCUUUUUGGAGAAUGGUCUCGGCACAACGAUUAGCUCAGGUUCUUCGUGCAAGAACUGAAGCCGCAUUACAUAUACAAACUGCCUGGAGAAUGUAUAAACAGCAUAGUUGGUUUAAAAAGCUGAAAUCGUGCGUUAUCACCUUCCAAGCAUACGUCAGAGGAAAUAAUGCUAGAAAAAGAUUUAAUGAACUGAAAAAGCGGAAAAAAUCUUUGCCAGACAAAAUUCAAGACAUCAAGAAAAUUCAAGAGUAUAAAGAGCUUGUAUAUGAUAAAGUAUGCGCCAAAAAUAGUGAAGAAUCAUUCGCGGAAGAUCGAAGUCUAACGGAAUAUGGCGAAUCGCCUCGAAAAGUAGAAUCUCCAAAUCGACUCACGACAAGGGGCGAUAACGCGUAUCGAGACAGCACUUUGGAUACAAAUAUCUCAUAUUCGAAACGAAAACUCACCCCGAACAAACGCAUUCUGCACGACGUGACGUUGAAGAAUACGGAAACGUAUCAUUUUGAUGACAUCACGGAGCGCAAGAGUAGUCUCGAGAGUUUGAGCAGUUUAAGGAGUUAUGAAUCUCAAGCCAGCAUCAAUAGUUCUGAGUCACAAGAGAAUUCAGGCUCGAGACCUGUGCCGAGCACGAGAACGAAACGCGGUGAUCAUUCACCGGCAAUCACAUCAAAUCUAAAUCUGAACGCAUCCAGUCGACUCUCGUCAGUGAGUAGAAGGACCGAUAGUUCCUCAACAGGAUACAGCGACGGUGAGACCGAAAAUGAGACGCCGAGCGCUGUGCAAAGUGCUCCACCUGUUUUCAACACGAGUCCGCCAUUCGUUAGUUCGCGCGACGUGAAGUAUCAUCCUACCAAUGUAAACCCAACACAUAGUCCAAAUUCGGAAAUUUGGCGUCGUAGAGUAGACUACUCGCCCGCUAACUACAGCGAUUACUAUAUGUCGGUACCUCAGAAAGCAACCGUCACCCGUUCGCCGAAUGUCUCCCAUUACAAGAACGUGACGGACAGUGUUUUCGAACAAGCCCGCCAGGAGAAGCCCACCGAAGCAGCAAAUUAUAAUGUCAAACUCGAUACGAGUGAUCGCUUUGCUCAGAUGGAGAGUUUGGCAAGCAACAGGCAACGUGGACACAAUGACAACAUACCUAAUGAGCGAAUGGAAAAUAUUCCAAUAUCGCCGGUAAAACGAGAUCACGGGCUUGCCAAGAACGUCAAAGACCUCAGCUAUUUGCGACGGCAAAAUUCAGAGGGUGAUACUACGACAAAGGUCAUGGACGUUAACGAUGACGGUGCUUUGAAAAGCACUUUGUUGAGAGGAUCAUCUCCGAAAGAAAAGAACUCGCGGUCGAAAGAAAAAUACGAGCCGGACGUGCCGGUAAGAAAUGCAAGGCGAAACAGACCCUCGAGAGAGGUUCAGUGUCGAUCUAUGGGCGAGAGCGUAGUCGAAACUAACACAGAAACCCGAAAUCUGCUUCUUGGCACGAUUAAAGAAAGCGACUUGAAUAAAACGACGAACGUAUGGUCUCGAAAAGAUUACCCACAUGAGACUACUUCUCGAUCUGUCACGGAUUGGCCCAUGAAUAAAAAUGAAGCUACAUACAAGGUACAGCAACCCGGUAAACGUAUGAGAUCUAAUGCAAUAACGACUCUCGAGUUACGAAGAAGAAACUCGGAUCCAGCUACAAAAAUCUCGGGUCUGAGCGAGGAUAAGAUGGGACAGGACACCAGCUCGAAUGAUCUGAAACUCGCACCUGGCAUGAAUCUUCUCGAAUGGAAAGGUAAUUUGUUUACAUUGGCCGGUCAUCGUUUCCGAAAAGUGGCGAGAUUCGCGAAGGAUGACGUAUGCGUGUGUUGCCAUGAGAAAAUGGAUGCAUUCGUAACGCAAGGUUACAAGUGCAUGGACUGCAAACAACUGUAUCAUGUCAAAUGCAUCCAAAACGGCGGAGUGCUGAAAAUGCCAUGUUUAUUGGCCAACACGCCAAAUAGACGGAAAAAUAGGAAAUCCCCGCGCACACCGUACGAGACGACAAAACAAACGGUUGCGUCCAAGUUCAGCCUAACUGGUACUUCCGCCUUCUCCGACAGCACGGACAAAAUCAUUUCCGACGCCAAAGAGUUAGCGCUGAUGCAAGAUUUUAUCACCAAGAAGAUCUACAUAAUGGAGAGUCAAGAGGAGGGACGGAAACCAAGCGAAGUCGAUCGCGUUUUCAAACAGGCUCUCAGGAAGUUCAAAGAUGACCUGGUGAUCACAUAUAGCGUUGCCAUACAGCAAGGCGUAGAAGGCAACAUCAAAUACACCGAUUUAAUCGCUAACUUCCUUCACGUCAUGGAAACCGUCUGCAAGCAAGAGAACACGAGGGAAGAUUUUCCCGUAACGAUGGGCGUGAAUGCAUUCAGGGGCUUCAUGAAUGAAUUCAUGGCCAUGGUUAAAACGGAAGCUCCUGAAAAGCAAAGUAGCAAACGGAAAAAGGAGAAGAAACGGAAACAGGAGGAGCCCAUACGACAUGGCAGUCACAUGUUCCAAUUGACUAUCAUCAAUAUACCCACCGCUUGUGAAGUCUGCACGUCAUUCUUCAUGUGGCCCAUUGAGCGAGGACUCGUUUGUCAAAAUUGCAAAUUGACAUGCCACAAAAAAUGCUACUUGAAGGCAUCAGCGGAAUGCGGCAAGGACGGUUCGCUGCCCGAAACGAAUUCACGCAAAGUAUUCGGCGUACCGCUGUACAAGUUGGACUGCGGUGAUGGCAAAGUGCCGCUCGUAGUAGAUCGAUUAAUCACAACUAUCGAGAUGCACGGUCUCUACACUGAAGGUAUCUAUAGAAAGAGCGGCGUCAGUUCCAAAGUGAGAGAACUCAAAAUGAAAAUGGACGAGGGUGACUUGGAGAAAGUGGACUUUGAGAACUAUCAAGUGCACGUCUUAGCGGCAGUACUGAAGAGUUUUUUCAGAGAUAUGCCGGAACCGUUAUUGACCUACGAGUAUUACGACGAUUUCUUGCACGCAGCGAACUUGACAGAUCCACACGAUCGAAUCAGCACGCUUUUCGCCAUACUGAAAAAAUUGCCGAAACCCAAUUACGAUCUGAUGGAACGCUUGAUUGUUCAUCUUGCGCGGGUAGCGCGACAUGAGGUAGACAAUAGAAUGUCACCGUCGGCUCUGGCCAUCGUUUUCGCACCGUGCAUUCUCAGAACGAACAGAACAUUGCCCGCGCAAGAUUCUCUUCAAGACGUGGGCAGGCAGACGCGUUGCGUCGAAACGAUCGUGCAGGAAAAGUUGAGAGUAGUCAGAGCGACAUUAGCGGACAUAAAUACUCUCGAAUCCGCCUGUCAUACAGCGACUCAUCGACUUUCUAGUUUACGAUCAUCCAAGAUCUUCAGCCCGGAGGAGCUGAAUGUGGCCGCCUCGAGUGCUGCGGGACGAGCAGCUGCGAUGGAUCGUGACAGAGAUCGAGGAGAUGAGGAGGAAGCUUUGCUCGUCGAUCAUAUACAGGAAAUCCAGAAGGAAAAAGCUCUUCUGACAUCCACUCUACCUAGUCUAACGAGAGCUUCUUCGGACGAUGAUCUCCUCUUGUCAGCCACGGAUCUAGACGAUGGAUCCCUCGAUGAUCUUCUUCCAUCUGCUGACGGACUCGUAAGGAAGAAGCCCGUUCAAAGGCAAAGUUCGGCAGACAAUUCGUUUCCGACGAUUAUCAAUAUGGAUGACGAUAUGGUAAUGGUAUGAAUAGCGUCUGCGAAUAAUGUUAACGUGCAUGCUGUACGGUUGUAAUCUGAUGCAAAAUAUUAUAUUUGGGACAGAGAAUCAACCAAUUUAAUUGCUGGUCUUUUCAGCCAAGUAUUAAUGUGUUGAGACAAAUUAGUAAAUGCAAUUAUAAAUAGCUCGUAAUUUGUUGACUCCACGAAAAAAAAAAAAAAAAACAAGUUUAAUUGUGCGACUGAAAUAAUUCCAUUCUCUUAUCGAAGUCAGUAGAGAUAUCUAAAACUAUUUCGUACGAUGUACGAUUAAGAGAAAACUGCACAAAUUUUAACUUUUCAUGGUUUUAUUCGUAAUGCAUUCCUUUCUUUGAAGACUGUCAAAGUAUUUAGGCGCAACAUUUUGUUCGUCUAUAUAGAUCCUAAAGAAAACAAAAUUAACGCGCCACUUUACACACUUUUAAAUGAAAGCAUACACAAAAACUAGAAAGUAUUUAAAAAAAGCGUACUGUUCUUAACAUAUAUGUACAUGCACAAGUAUAUAUAUUUUAAGAAAUGUCCGCUCAUCAAAGUGAUGAGGGAGUCAUACCGAAUUACUUGUUUUUAUAAAUUUACAAUUUAUAAAAAUGUAAUUUAUUAUUACAACGUGUUACAAUUCUCAGCAAACAUGUUCUGUUCCUUUUUUUAUAGAGAAUCUUUCUUAACAUAUGCAGAUACGCUGUUCUUUUAUAACUAUUCGUUUAGCGUACUAGUAGAUCUGCCACUUCAUCUCUUCCCAAAGGAUCUACUUCUCUCGUUUAAAUGGAAUCGAUAAUCAACCGCUUUGAAUUCCUGUGCGAGAUGUUUCUUCUGUAUUUCAUUGUAAUGUUUAACGACAAUAGUCGAUUAAAGCAUUAGGUUUAGGUGCAGGAAUUUAAGGGACGACCAAGAGAGAAAGAGAAAACCAAAACAUUAGUUUGUACAUAUUAUGCAAUAUAACAAUUUCGUAAUAAUCUGUUAUUAUUGUUGAAUUUACGCGAGAGACGUUUAACAAGAUUAUAUUUCUACUGUCGAUAUUCGUUGUAGGGAUAACACGUCGUUAUCGUGCGCGCGCGCGCGCGCGCGCGCAGGUCUCUAUCGGUUUUAGUUUCUUCUCUGAAUCGAUUUUUACUUAACGCGUUUUUUUCUCAUGCUCAGAUGCGUCCCGGAGGCGAGUGUGCGUAUAUAAGUAAAUGCCUACAUUAUAUACAAGUACUUAUGUACAUAAAAAAAUUCGCGCGCGAGACUAAUCAAAUUUCUUCGAUCGAAAUAUAUUGCAUUUUUUUUAAUUUUGUUUUAAUUUAUAAUAUAUAUAUAUAUAUAUACAUAUAUGUAUGUUAUUCGGUGUGUUUUAAGUCGAUCUUUUUCAUGACUUUGCUUCUCGCUGUCUCCUUUGUUCGUUCAUACGAAUUCGUAACUUGUGCCACUUCGUGCGCGCAAUAGCCCGACGAUUGGAGAAAAUCGACAAUGUGAAAGAAAAGGGGUGAAAGAGAUUUCGAUCUCGCGUAAUAGAAGUUUCUAUCCAAUAAGGAUAAUCAGAUCAGGUCCCCACUUACGUACCACGAACUUAAUUGAAUUCCCCUGCGAAUUAAUAGUUACGCUUGAUGAUGAUCCCGGAUAGAAUUGGUCAGUGAAUUGAGUCUUUCUUUUUUUUUUCCUCUCUUUUAUUUCUCUUUUCUGGUUGGCAUUCGAAUAUAACGAUAUUUUCAGCUACAGCGAAAAUAGUGGAUGGAGAAUUAUUAUUACAAUUGUAAGGAGUGACUUGUGUAAAUUUUUUAUUCAUUAUUUCUGAUAUAUCACAUUUCAAUGGAUUAUAUAUACAGCAUACAUUCUGUUACAUCCAAUCACCAAAGACUCGAACGCGCAAUUAUUUUUUUUCAUUUUUUUAUUUACGUGAAUUCGAUUUUUUUCUUUUUUUUUUUACUUCACGUGCAUCCGCUUUUUUAAUGUGAAAGCGUCCUAUAUUUUUUAAUUGCCUUCGCAUAUACUUUAAAAGAAUAAAACUUAUAUUUCCGUCCUCUCUCGACUCAGAUCGACAGUUACAUUUAUGCAGCAGGUGAAUAUUUUAAGUUUCGCGUAUCGGCAAUCGAUGAGACGAGGUAAAAACUUCUUUUUCUGUUCAAUUAAAUCCCGUCUUUGAGUAUUGGACCACGCGCGACUUUUAUUCGGAUAACUUUUAGGAUUAAGUCGAAUAAUUAAAAAAAAAAAAGAAAGUAAAGAAAAGCAAGAAAAAGAAUCGUCCAUUCUCCCGCAACAUUUUUUUUUCCUAACUUGCAAGGACCCACCUCUGCGUUUACAUUCAUUUUAAGAACAAUCGACUCGGCGAUGAUGAGUAUCGAAGCGAUUAUCGUUAUGUCAAAUCUGUCGAUCCUCGAUCGUUUUAGACGGUCUCGGAAAACGGGACGACUUUAAAUUGCCUUUUUACAAUCGAUAAGUUUUACGAGGUGUAGCUAAGGUAAAUCGUUAUGAAAUCGUCUUCACUUUGUGUAGGGGGAGAGGGGGGGGGGAUAAAUUGUAGUGUUAUGUAAAUGUAAUGUUACCUUUCUCAUCUAAAGCCAUGACAUCGUGCUCGCGAUGCACAAAACGCUACGACUUUAAGCAAAGCGGAACGAUCUUAACGA